UUCCAACAACCCAUCCCUUAUUAAAGCCCUCUCUAUUCCUUCAUAGUUGAGUCAAGCUCCCCCAUCAAACACUCUCCACUGCCCACUAAUCUCUUAAAUUCCCAGAAAAUCAACUACGCCUUUUCUUCUCUCUACCUAAAAACUUCAAAAUGGCACUAGAAUGGGUAGUCCUAGGCUAUGCUGCGGCUGCAGAGGCCAUAAUGAUCCUCCUGCUGACCCUCCCAGGCCUCGACCCUCUCCGCAAGGGCCUUAUCUCUGUCAUCAAAGCUCUCCUCAAACCCUUCCUCUCAGUGAUCCCAUUCUGCCUCUUUUUGCUCUUGGACAUUUACUGGAAGUACGAAAUGAGACCUUCAUGUGUGUCCCUUAAUGCUUGCACUCAUGCAGAGCAUCUUCGCCACCAUAAGUCUAUCAUGAAGAGCCAGAGGAAUGGGAUUUUGAUCGCUUCGGCGUUGCUCUUUUACUGGCUUUUGUACUCGGUCACCAAGCUCGUGGUUCGUGUCGAGGAGUUGAAGUAUCAAGCAGAGCCGGGCAAACAAAAUUUGGGCCUUAGGUAAAAAUUUUAUAUGGGACUUUUUAUAUGUAAUUAUUAAUUAAAUAAAAUUAUAUAAUACUAAUUAAGUUAAGAUUAAUUUGAUGUAAAUACAUAAAUUGAUGAAUAAUAGUAGUUAAAUUAAGGU